AUGGUGCUUUUGACGUUCCGUAGCAGGGAAGAUGCGGACCAGGCCGUCAUGGAUGGGGGAUUGUUCAAAGGAGCGAUGCUGGAUGUGACAUGGCAUCGGCGCUCUGGAGGCUCUGGUGAAAAUUCGCCAUUAAGUGCAGACAAGAUGCUAGCCAGCAUACUACAGAGUGAGUCGGAUGACGAAGUAAAAAGGAUUAAGUCUUCUAUCAAUGUUCGGAUAUUCUACGAGGUAAGCAAGCAAGGACGCUCUGCUGUGACGGUCUUUUGUAUCCAGAAUCCCUUAUUUCGCGGUGGUGAUGCGAUUUUUCUUCGAUCUGUUAUAAAAACCACUAUCAUUGGUUGUAGGUUGUGGUCUUAG